AUGGCCAAGAUAGCGUCGGUGCUAAUACUAAUUGUUUUGACAGGGAAUGGUGAGAUAUUGCUUGGAAAUACUCCGUGUCCAAGUUUAUGUGUGUGCAAUGGAGACACGGCAACUUGCGAUGGCCAUGGUUCUCAUCAACGGUAUAUCCCACCACUGCCUGAAAACACAACGAGUCUUAUAUUCAGGCAUUAUUCCUUAGGAUACAUGAGAGCGGAUGUAUUUAAAAAUAUAUCUAGCCUACAUUUGACGAAACUUGACUUGACAAAUGAUCGCAUUGUUAACAUCGAAAGACUAGUUUUCUGCAUGCUACCUCAUCUAGAGUUUCUCGACCUAAGUAAGAACAGUGGCCUUAAUUCAAGGAAACUACAUAAAGCUUUUCUAGGAUUACAAAAUAGUACAUUAAAAGAAAUCCGCUUGACAUAUUUGAAAUUGGAUCCACAAGCUAUGUCCAAAAAGUUUUUCCUGUAUCUAAGCAACUCAUCUUUAGAACGAGUCGUCUUUGAUGAAAAUAUAAUAUCAAGCAACAUCGUUGAUAUAAUGUCUCCAUUGUCUACUCAUUUGAGAGAAAUUUCCUUCAAGAACAACCAAAUUUCAAAUGUGUCAUUCAACGUGAUGAUGCCAAAACUUGAGGUUUUCUUCCUGAGCAAUAACAAAUUACUGUCUGUUCCAAAUUUUUGUUACGUCCACACUAAACGACCAAGUUGUCCAAUUCUCAAAGAACUCGAUCUGCGCGACAAUUUAAUCACUGUUGUACCAGGAGGCAAAUUUUUCAGACACUGCUUACCAAAGAUUCAAAAGCUGUACCUGGGAGAAAACAAAAUCAAAACAUUAGGAAGAAACUUUAUCAGCGGGCUAUCCUCUAUCGUUUUAUUGUCUAUAGAAAACAUGGAUGCUAAUUUUGCUCUUCAGGAAUACUCCUUAAAUAGUUCUUCGCUACAAUACUUGUACAUGGGUAAUAAAUUCAACGUUCUUAAACAUCACAGAAACAUUUUCAAUUAUACCAGAAAUUUAAGAGUUCUGGAUAUGACUGAAGUACAGUUUGUUCUAUCUCACAGCAUGGAGGAAAAGAUGCGUCAACUAUUUGAGCCUCUUACGAGUCUUGAAGAAUUAACAUUGAACAGAACGCACUUAUCAACGUUUCCACCAUCACUUUUCCAGGUCAUGCCAAACUUAACGAAACUCUACUUAAAUGACUGUGAUUUCAACCAAACCCAUCUAACAAAAUUAUUUGCCUCAUCGUCUCUUAAUUUUCUUCUGAUGGACAAUAACAAAAUAACCAGUAUAAAUGAGACAAAUAUUCCCAUUAAGAUUAAUCAGAUGAGUUUAAAGGGCAAUCCAUUUCUUUGCAACUGUGACCUUGUUUGGUUUCGGAAAUGGGUCGAUUCCAAUCCUAAUCGCCUUCUUGGAUGGCCAGAUGAUUAUAUAUGUAAUUUGCCACAAGAAUGGAAAGGGAAAAAUUUCGCGGAUUUUCACCUAAGUUACCUUUUCUGUCAUCCACUAAAUCCCUACAUCAUCAUGGCUAUAUCCAUAUUUUCCGCAGUUUUAGUUAUAUUUAUUGUCUCCUUUAUAAUAUACAAAAAACGCUGGCAUAUCAAAUACUAUUUGUACCUUUUGCGCGCAAAAAAGAGGGGAUACGAAGUCCUUGGUGGUGAUGAUUUUGCAUUUGAUGUUUUUGUAGCUUACAAUUCUGACGACAGAAUCUGGGUCAUUUCAGAAAUGAUACCAAGAUUGGAGAACAAAGAAAACCUGAAACUGUGCUUACAUGACAGGGAUUUUCAGGUAGGAAAACUAAUCGUAGACAACAUCACUGACGCUAUGCACCGAAGUAGAAAGAUUCUUAUCAUCCUCUCUAAUAGUUUUGCCCAAAGCCAUUGGUGUCGGUUCGAAACAAUGAUGGCACAGUUACGUUCGAUGAAUCACGGCGAAAACACGGUGGUUGUUGUCGUUUUGGAAAACAUUCUGACCAAAAACAUGAACAACUCCUUACACUUGCUUUUGAAGUCUACCACAUUUAUAGAAUGGACAAACGAAAAAACAGCGAAGGAGAUGUUUUGGGAAAGAUUGGUAUCUGCGUUAAAAUCAUAA